AUGUCCUUCGAAGGUCUGCAGGAGCGCCUGACGGCCCUGCAAGAGACCACGGCCCAGCUCAAGGAGCUCAUUGACAGACUCCACAACCUCAAGUUCCAGCCGGGCUCGGUGCCCCUCGGUACGAACGAAGAAAACAGCGUCAGCGCCGAGCUGAGCUCAGAAAUCAGCCAGAUUCUCAGGGAAGAGGAGGAUGACUUGGAGCUUCUUGGGGAGGAAGUUGAGGACCUCAGGGACGGGAGGCCGGGGAGUGAGGCGGAGCAUACCAAGACCCGUCUCAAGGAUGGCGUGGAGAGGCUGAGGCAAGAACUCAAGAGUUCACGAGUCACAUUCCGCAAGGCGCAACUUACAGCGAAGCGCAACCUCUUGCAGGCGCAGCGUCUCGAGCGCGAACUCCUCCUUCAGUCCUACUCACAGCCCGUCUCCGAAGCAUCCUCCCCGUCCCUCGGUGCGCAAAAGCCAGACGUAAUCCGCCACCGACAGGUCCACCAGAACAGCCAGAACACAAGUUCCUUGACUGAGGAUGACAAGCAAACAGUUGGUGCAAGCAGCAACGUCACAAGUGCGCUGCGGCGCACGCAUGACCUCAUCGCCGCGGAGCUGGCCCGCAGCGAGUUCGCGCACCAGACCCUGACGGAAUCGUCAGCGGCGCUGGCGCAGCUCAACGACUCGUACGGUUCGCUCGACACGAUGCUUGCGAGCUCCAAGGACCUGCUGGGCACACUGCUCCGUUCCCAGAAGAGCGAUACAUGGUACCUGCAGACGGCCCUUUACAUGCUCAUGGUGACGGGCGCAUGGCUGCUGUUCCGGAGGCUGCUAUACGGACCAAUGUGGUGGCUAGUAUGGCUGCCGCUGCGACUGGUGUAUAACCUCACAGUUGGCGGCGGCGGGGCGGUUGUCAAGUAUGCCGGGUCUGGCACACCUUCGGAGGCGGUGGUGGUGAACGAGGGCAAGCUUGAUGUCGAGGGUUUGCCGGAUGACUCUCUGCCUACCGUGGACAUCGGGCGGGAGCCGCAGCGAUCGGCAGGCGGUGGAGAUCCCGAGUCGCUGGUCGAGAAGGUGGGUAGAAUUGUGGAGGAGAUGCCAGCAGAAAUCGGCGAGGAGACGACGACGGACGAGGGAGAGCCGGUAGAGGGUGAAGCUCUUGUUGACCAGGUGCCCAGCGACGAGCUGAAGCAAGGGACGCAAGAGGAAGUUAGGCAGCGAGAUGAGCUGUAG